GGCCGGUGGCCUGGGACGCGCGGGCGGGCGAGGGGGCGGGAUGGCGCGGCUCCGGGGCCGGUAACACGGUGGCCGGCACCGCAGGAAAGCCAUGGCCCGGCGGCGGCGCCGUGCCUGCAUCGCUCUCUUCCUGGUGCUGCUCUUCGCCUUCGGCACGCUCAUGGGGCUGCGCACGCUCAAGGCCCCGGAUGGGUUGCCCGCGCUGGGUCCGGGUCCGGAGCUAGCGCCCUUCGAGCGGCGUCCGGAAGGGAAUCCCGCGCCCGCCCGCGCCCCGGCCGCCCCCGCCGCGCCGCCGCCACCGCCGCUGCCGCGCACCGCCGCUCCCCGCACAUCGCUGGGCCCCGCCAAGGCUGAUCCCGCGCCCCGGCAGAACAUGCACGUCUACUCCGACCUGCACGCCUUCUACUAUUCGUGGUACGGGAGUCCGCGGCGCGAGGGUCACUAUGUUCACUGGGACCAUGUCAUGGUGCCGCACUGGGACCCCAAGAUCUCGGCCAGCUACCCGCGUGGCCGCCACAGCCCUCCAGACGACUUGGGAUCCAGCUUCUACCCGGAGCUGGGGCCUUACAGCUCCCGGGACCCCGAUGUGCUACGGGAGCACAUGACCCAGCUCAAAGAAGCCGCAAUCGGAGUCUUGGUUCUUUCCUGGUACCCACCUGGCAUGGCUGAUGAUAAUGGGGAACCCUCAGACGAUCUGGUACCUGCCAUUCUGGACACUGCCCAGCAGUACAACAUCCAGGUGGCCUUCCAUAUCCAACCCUACAAGGGCCGGGAUGACAUCACUGUCCACGACAACAUCAAGUACAUCAUUGACACAUAUGGCUCCCAUGGUGCAUUUUACCGUUAUAGGAACAGCAUGGGCAAGAGCCUCCCACUCUUUUAUAUCUACGACUCAUAUCUGACGUCCCCUGAGGCCUGGGCCCACCUCCUGACACAAAAUGGGCCCCACUCCAUCCGCAACACUCCCUAUGACGGGGUCUUUAUAGCGCUGCUGGUGGAGGAGGGCCACACCCAUGACAUCCUCGCAGCAGGGUUCGAUGGAAUGUACACCUACUUUGCCUCCAAUGGCUUCUCCUUUGGCUCCUCCCAUCAGAACUGGAAAGCUGUGAAGAAUUUCUGUGAUACCAACAAUCUGAUGUUCAUUCCUAGCGUGGGGCCUGGGUACAUCGACACCAGCAUCCGGCCCUGGAACAACCACAAUACUCGAAACAGGGUCAAUGGCAAGUACUAUGAGACAGCCCUGCAGGCGGCCCUCACUGUGAGGCCAGAGAUCGUCUCCAUCACUUCUUUCAAUGAGUGGCAUGAGGGCACACAGAUCGAGAAGGCUGUUCCCAAGAAGACGCCAACUCGCCUCUAUUUGGACUACCUGCCUCACCAGCCCAGCCUGUACUUAGAGCUGACCCGCCGUUGGGCAGAACACUUCAUCAAGGAAAAGGAGCAGUGGCUGAUGUGAGGGGCUACCACUCAAACAUUAGGUCACCAAGCUGGUUCAGCUGAGGAUAUAGGCACACACUAGUCCCAAGUAGCGAUUGGGUGCUUGUGGGUGGGUGGGCCGGCUAGCACAUGCAGAACACAGCCUGGCCCUGGGACUGACUGGGAAGCAAGGCUUGAUGAAGGUGGCUGGCAGGAGGCUGGACAGAGCUCAGGGCAGUUCCACAUCCUUUAGCUUUCAGCUGUGGCAGGUUGUAUAGGGGAGUUGCCAGCCACUGUGCUUAAAAGGUCUCAGGGUUCUGAGCUAGUAUGCACCUUAUUUCCUUUGGACAGCCUACAUCUCCUCAGGCACCUUCCCACAUCUUGCUCAAUACAGGGAACGGUAUCUGACACUU